AUGGAUCCAGCUAAAUUGAAAGUUGUUGAAUUACGUAGCGAAUUGCAAAAACGUAAUUUAGAUAGUAAAGGAGUUAAAGCGGUGCUUGUUGAGCGGCUUCGCAAGGCGUUGGAAGACGAAUCUGAUGCUGUCGAACAAGAGACGAGUGACUCAUGUAGAAAAAAUUCAUCGGAACCUAGUGUUGAUGAUAUUGAGAAACGUGAGAAAAGUCCGGAAGUUACAAAAGUACCUCCAAGUCCCGUAAAAACACCUGCUAAAUCAUCCAAAAGAAGCUCUAUGGGUGGUAGUAGUCCUACCAAAGUAACUAGCACACGUAGUUCACCUAAGGCUUCCACGGCAAGUCCUGAUAAAGUUACACAGGAAUCACCAGUUAAAUCACCAACUGUAGAAAAAGCUUCACCAAUUAUUGAAACACCAGUAUCUGUACCAGUGCCCGUAGCCACACCAGCUGCUGUUGUUACUAACGAUCACAUUGAUGACGAAAAUGAUAAAUCUUUAACUAAAAUUGAUAAUACGCCUGUUGAAUUGACUACUGAAUCCUCGGAAGCAGAAUUAUGUACACCUCAAGUUGCUGAAGAAGCGCCAGAAAUUCUACCAUCUAUUCAAGAUGAGCCUGAAGCAGUUUCCAAAACAGCGACCGGUACUGCCGAAGCUAGCAAGAUGGAGGUGUCUCCAGAUGAGUGUGAGGAAUUGCCAGAUAAAUUAGUAGCUGUUGAAAAUAAAAUUGAACAGGAAGACGAGCAUGUAGAGGAAAAAGAUUGUCCAAAAGAAAGUGAGGAAAUUUCUGAGAGUAAUGAAGAUGUUGGCGAUAAUGAUGCAACAAAUUUAAAUGAAAAUAAUAAAAGUGAAUUAGAUGAUACAAUGGAAGUCAAUGACGAGGAUAGUUAUGAAAAAUCGAGCAUAAUGAACGAAACAGCUGGUGACGAUGUCAGUUCAGCGGAUAAUCAAGCCACUGAAGUCAUGAAGGUUGAGCCUGAACAGGAAGAAGAGACAAUCAGUCAAUCAAAGCAAGGAGAGGUUGAAGGUGAGAAAGCAAAUGAAGAUUCUGGAGAGAAGAAAAAAGAACACGACGAGCAUGAACCGAAAGAUAAUCAAGACAGACGUGAUCGUAAAGACAGAAAAAGAAAACGUUCAAACAGUUCACAGGAUGAGCGCCAUAAAAGUCCUAGCAGGAUGGAUGAUGAACCGGAGAUUGAUUAUUCACGCGUUUUAUUGUCCUGGUACGACUCUGAUUUAAAUUUGAUAAUCGACAAAUCAAAAUUUUUAUCAGCAACGCCAAUGCACAACGAUGGAUUUGGAUAUGUUUGGGCCGGUGCAAGAGCGUCGUUUGGUUUCACAAAUGGUAAAGUUUACUACGAGGUUAAAAUUACACAUCAAUGUAAUGUUACAUUGGAUAAUGAAGAGAAUCCUCAUAUUUUACGUGCCGGUUGGUCUGUGCCAUUAACUAGCAUGCAAUUGGGAGAAGAAAAAUUGAGUUAUGGCUACGGUGAAACGGGUAAAAAAUGUACCGAUAGUAAUUUUACAGAGUAUGGACCUGCCUUUGGUCUAAAUGACAUUGUUGGAUGUUAUUUAGAUAUGUCUAAUGAUGACGAUGUUGUUAUAUCUUAUUCAUUAAACAAUGAAAGUUUAGGUGAAGCAUUUAGAUUUCCAAAAUCCGAGCUAGAUGGCAAAGCAUUAUUCCCACAUAUAUUGACUAAGAAUUAUGCAUUCGUUUGUAAUUUUGGCGACGAAGAACCAUGGAGUACAAAUGUUUUAGAAGGUUACACACCUGUUGGAAAAGUUGAUGCCAAUGAACGGAUACCUGGAAUUCGUAGACCUGAUAAUAGACAAGAUUGUGAAAUACUUAUGAUGGUUGGUCUCCCCUCUGCUGGAAAAACUGUUUGGGCAAACAAAUUCUCAAAUCAGAAUUUGGAAAAAAAAUAUAACAUUUUAGGUGUUAGCAAUAUCCUUGAUAGAAUGAAGGUCAUGGGUUUACCGAGAAGAGAUAACCACAAAGGAAAUUGGGAUCAACUGGUGGGAAAGUGUACACGCUGUCUUAAUAAAUUAAUUGAAGUUGCAGCGACAAGAAGACGCAAUUACAUACUUGAUCAGACAAAUGUAUACCCAUCAGCACAAAGACGUAAAAUGAGACAAUUCAGUGGAUUCCAACGUAAAGCUAUCAUAAUAGUACCAACAGACGAAGAGUUUAAAUCACGCGCUGCGCAACGAGAACAGGUUGAUGGCAAAGAUCUUCCUGAUUCUGAAUUUAUGGAAAUGAAAGCCAAUUUCGCCGCACCGACUGUAGGAGAAUCAUUUGACACGAUUGAAUGGAUUGAACUUGACGAAGAAGAGGCUAAAAAAUUGAUAGCAAAAUAUAAUAAAGAAGGCAAAGACGCCGGAUUUGGUCAACAGCAAUCAAGUAGUAGCAAAAGACCGCGAUUGGAAAAGAGCGAUACUCAUCGAGACAAUCGUGACAUGCGGUCUAGUCGUGACAGUAGAGACACUCGAGAUCAUCGUGAUCGACGCAAUAUUUACUCUGAUAGAAGUCGUAACUCAUCGUGGCGUGGUAGCAUGGGUGCUAGCGGUGGUGGUGGUGGUGGUGGUUGGAGAGACCGCGGACCUCGUAGCGGCCCGCCAAUGAGACACAGCAGUAGUUACGGUAGUUCAUCAAGAGGCUGGGGUGGUCGCGGCGGACCAAGUUCUUCACAAUCACAUCGUGGCAGUGACAGACGUGGAAGUUCAUCCACUGAUAGACGAUCGGGAAUUGUUGAUCGCAGUCGAUCGGGAUCUUUACGACAAAGUGGCGGUUGGGGUCCCAUGAACAGUAACAGCUAUCAUAAUUCAUCACACUCAUCAAGUGCAUGGAGUGGAAGUGGACACAGUGGUGGUGGCUGGAGUUCUCAAUCUCAAGCUCAAGCGUCAAAUAGUUGGGGAAGUAGUGGUAGUGGUAGUGGUAGUUGGUCUGGGCAACAACAAAGUAGCUGGAGUAACUGGAAAGGUUACGGUGGUCAAUCAAAUCAGAGUAGUUAUCAAUCGGGUUACGGGAACGGUAAUUGGGGUAGUUGGAACCAGCCACAGUAUUACAAUCAUCAGUAUUGGGGUCCGCACCAAUCACAGAGUCAGUCUCUCAGUUCCUCUGGUCAAUCUGGAAGUACGACUGGAGGUAGUUCAACCUCAGCAUCAGCAGCUAGUACAGGAUCUACUUAUAACAGCAAUAGCAGUAGUUACCCACAAGGAUGGCAAUAUUCGGCAUCUUAUUACUCAACUGAUAGUUCGACACCUAAUGCUCAGCAACAAAAAUGA